AUGAACCAGUAUGGGUACUAUCCCCUCCACCGAGCUGCUGAAUUUUUUUCGGUUGACAUGAUUCAGUUGCUCGUCCGCCACGGCGCGUCCGCCAAUCUACGCACAGCCGGUGCUGAGGUCAUCGAGGGCCUUCUCCCACUCCAUGUUGCAGUCGAGAACACGUGUAUGCAUAAGUAUCUGGAAGACAGUCUGUUUCCUAACCACGAGCAUCGGGAUUACAGUGAGGCAGAUGCCAACUUUAUCUUCAAGCUCAUCCAUCUUCUGUGCCUACCUGAAAUGGUUAAGAUCUUCUUGGAUACGACUCGGCUGAUUGCAAAAUACACAGAUAAUCUAUUGGAUGAGCUGUGGAAUUACAUAAAAGAGGGAAAGCUUGCCGAGACAGCCGUUUUGCUCAUGGCAGCUCAAGAGCAGAUACGCAUGGGAACUUCUCGCAAGAGAAAUGGAGAUAGUAAGCCAGAUGGGCUUGCUAUUAUCUGUGACCGUAUUUGGAACAACAAUAUUGCUUUGCAGUCUGAGAAGGGUCAGCAAGUGGAGGCAAGGAUAAAGCUUAAUAAUAUGGCAUUGAUGCUUGUUCAUGUAAUUUCCAAAGCUGGUGAAGGUCUUGAUUCAUACAUUCAGAAGCAUCUAGAGGUGCCGUAUUUCAUGCAGUUGCCCCAUUUGGAGGUCAUUGAACGUGUCUCGUCGAUUCUCAAGGAUAAUGGUUUUUGUCCUACUAGUGAAUGGACAGAAAUUGGAAACCUGUACGUUUUGGUCAAGGACUAUGUUUUGUAUACAUAG